ACCCUUUUAUUCGAUUAAGUGUAAAAGUAGGGGAACAAAAUAGUGUCGAUUCACCUUGAAAUCAGAAAAUAAUAAAUCCCACAAAAGAUUAAUUUUAAUAUUUUUGCCGGCUAAAAUCACCUAUCAUCUACAAAUAUAUUAUCAAAAAUAUAUAUCGAUAUAUUGAUAUAUCAACAUUCGCGCGAUCGCGAUCGCCUGCUCCGUGAAAAAUUACAAUAAAUUAUUAAAUUUAGUGCAACAUUAAAUAUAAAAAACGAGUGCGUUGGAGUGGGACUGUGCGUGGAAUCGAGUGCGAUAGGCGAAACGAAACGAAACAAGGGAGAAGCCAUAGAAAGUCAAGCCAACAACAACAGUGAAAGGGGAGGGGGCCAAAGCCAAAAGCCACAAAAAUAUUGAGUAUACAAAUUUAAUGCUAAAAUACGGAUUCUCUGCAAAGGCAUCAACACCAGGAACUUCACUGUACGUGCCACAUAUUAAAUUCCUUUGGUCUGCAGCUGUGACAAAUGAUGGCCUAAAAUGGCGGCUACACCACCAAUGCCGCCCGGAUCAAACAGUUACCAAUUGAAUGGCACCAGCAUCACCAGCAGUAGCCUUCCAGCAGAAGGAAAUACCAGAGGAAGGAGCAGCAGCAACAAUAUAACGGAGGCAAUCCAUCAGCACUUUCUGAGGAAAAAGGACGCCGCUCCAUCGACAAGUCAGAGGAGUCGCUGCGGCAGCUAUGAGCAGCUGGAGCUGCUGGAGCAUUCACAGCCAGCAGCAGCAGAGGCAGCAGCAGAAGCAGAGCCAGAGGCAGGCCGCAAGCAGAGCACGUCCUGCCACUGCACGAACAUUAGUAUCAUGCACCUGUUCCACGAGAUGAAGCAGGAGUUCCCCACGAUACCCGAUGCCAUUGUGACGCAGUGCGUCAGCGAGAAUUGCCAUCAGCGCGAGAACUGUAUACAGAUGUUGAAGAAGGAACUGGCUUUGCAUCCGAUACCUGUCCAGAGCUACCCGGCCAAGGUGUUGCAACAGCAGCAACAGCAACAACAGCAACAACAGAGGCAGGCCAAGCCUCCCACCCCACUAAAGCCGUCGAGAGUGGCACCCGCACAGCCCCCAGAACUGAGUCAGAGUCCGAGCCAGAAUGGGAAUGGGAAUGGCAAUGGCGAUGCCAGCCCCUGCCCCACUCACAGUCCGAGUCCCCAGCCCCGGCAGCGACCAACCACGCUCAAUCUGCAGCGCCAACUGAACGCCCAGCUGCAGCAGAAGAUCCAACAGCGACAGCUGCGGCAGCAGCGCGACCUGCAGCCACCGCAGCUGACGCCCACGUCGCUGAACAAGCCGCUGCGUCGGGCGCCACCCCUGCCGCCGCCACCGGGCCCGCCGCUGGCCCCAAAGCCGAGCUUCUCCAACGAUUCCUCCUGCCUCACCAGCCCCAUGAGCUCCAGCGAAUCGGAAUUCUCACUCAACGCCGUCUCCUUAUCAUCGCCGACGUCAGCAACAAGAGCAGCAGUAGCGGCAGCAACGGCAGCGACAGCAACAACGUCUCAACAGGCCUCUCCGGUCCGACACCGUUCAGUCAUCAAUCUGCAGCCGGAACUGCCGUAUGCACGCGAUUUCCUCAGCAACAGCAGUGCCCUCUCGCCAGCGUUGACGCCACCGACGCUGCCCGGCUCCCCAGGCUCUGCCGUCUCGCCCGGUCGCAAGAGCUUCACCUCGCUCAAUCUCACGCUGCGCCAGCCGACCGGCGGCGCCCAGUCCGCGAUCGACAUCACCGCCGGCCCGGCGCCUAGUGGCCAGGGCAGCGGCAUCACCUACUCGAGCGUUAGUUUCGACGCCCGCCGGGGGACGCACAAGAAUUUCCAGCUGACGGUCACCGACGAGGGUAGUGUCUUUAGCGCGGGCUGCAUCCGUCCCCAGGCACCGUACGCUGCCGCCGCGUGUGAGCCGCAGCAGCCAGCAGUUCCUCCGCCACGCCAGCCCCCGUCGGCAGUGGCGGCGGCGUCGCUUCUCUCCAUCGAUGGACUUUCACCGUCGGACUGUGACAUGCCGGAAGUAUUCCCCUAUCCCACGCAGGCUCAGAACCACGUUGUCGCCUCCAACUACAACACGAACCAUGCCGCGGAAACUAGCAGCGGCAAUGACAACAGCGGCAACAGCAGCCCCGUCAGCAUGCCCCUCUAUGCGGGGGUCCUGGAGGAGUGCGAUCCUGAAGCUCGAGCAGCGACCAUUGAGCGGCAGAAGCAGCGGCGCGAUAAGCUGGCCAAUGUUUUGCGGGACAACAAGAAGCGACUGCUGGUCCUGGAGCAGGAGAUCAACAUACUGACCGAGCCUGUACCGGUGGGCGAAUCUGAAAGACUGGAUAGAGAUAUCAAGAAACUGACUGAGGACUGCCAGCGGCUGCUCAAUUUGAUCAACGAACCGCAAGCGAGUGGGUCUGGUCCUGCGCCAAAUUCCAUGAAUCGUCAGCUCUCGGCGCCAGCCAACAAUAACCAGCAGCAGCCACAGCCAUUCCCACGUCAACGACAGGCUGGUCGCUCCCAGGCGCCGCCCAGCUCAUUGCGUCUGCACUCUGUGCCGGCCCAGACAACGGCCCAGCCGGGCCCUGAUUUUGUGCAGCACCACAGCAGUGCUCCGACGUCGGCGUGCCUGACUCCCCAGCAGCAGCAGCAACUCCAGCUGCAACAGGAGCCGCCGCCUACGUAUGCCCAGUACUACCAGUUCCAGCAAUAUCUGCAGCAGCAGCGACAGCAGCAGCUCCAACAAUUUCAACUGCAACAGCAGCAGCAGGCGCAGCAGCAACAACAGCAGAUGCCAGUUCAGCGUCCAGUAAACGACGAGGAAGAAUACCUAUCAGACUCGGACGUGGACGAGGAUGAGGAGCCACUUGACAUGUGGGCCUGCAAUAUGUGUACAUUCCGUAAUCAUCCGCAAUUGAAUAUUUGCGAGGCCUGUGAGAACGUUAGGAUCCAGCCGGCCCCAGUGCUGAGUCGUGAGGAUAUACAUAUAACGCUCUCGCCAGGCGAAAAUCGUAUUAUACACUCCUGGAUACUAUCAUGACAAUUGGCCAAACGCUCACCAUAAUCACCCAGACAAAUCCAGAGAUAUUUAUUUGUAGUUCGUUAAUCUACUCUACGUAUAUUUUAUUAUCUAAUUUGCUCUUUUGGUAACUUAUUGGUAAACAAAUUUGUAUAUAAUACUUAUGCUAAGAGAAUAUUUAGUCAAAUGCUGCUGGCAGCAAUUAUCUGUAUUUCUAAACUAGCUAGGCCAUUAUCAUACCUUGAUUCUAUAAGAAAAGACUUUUAGUAACGUGUCGCAUCUAAAACUAGGAAACAAUUUUCGAAAUUGAAUACAUGUACAUUUGGUAGGUAAUUACCUGGAGAAAAAUAACUCAGUUGGGGUUUUCUAUAAGAAAACAAAAAACACAGAAACAGCCAACAAGCUAAUAAUAUUUUGUAAGCUUAUCAAAUGCCGCAUAUUUAACGAAAUUAAAAUGCAAGUUGAAAAAACUUGUUUCGUGAUUUGGAAA